UUACGCCUCUCAAUGGCAGUAUCAAAGGCCUCAGACAAGAAGCAGCUCGCCUUGGUUUUUUGCGUGUGGAAAACAUUGCUCAUUCUACUUGCCGCGUUCUGCCCAGGUCCUGGCUACGACACCUCAGCUUUGAUCCUGGUUGAUGCAAGCACGAACCGCUAUGCAAACCUCGAAUCUUCAUCCCGAUUCGAGCAUUUCGUCCUUACUAUCUUUCGAUGGGACGCACUGUACUUCGUCAAAGCUGCUGAGCGGGGCUUGGUGUUUGAACAGGAGUGGGCGUUCAGCCCGGCGUUUUCUAAGCUCUUAAGUGUCACGGCACGAUUCAUCUCCGGCAAUGCGGAAAGUUCAAUACGCUAUUACAUCAUCGCCGGUAUCGUCAUCUCCACCACUUGCCACCUCCUCUCUGUGCUCGUUCUGUACAGACUUCUGACCCUCCUCACGGGAGCGGGGCGGCAGCAGUCCCGGAUACCGUUCGUUGCGUCCGUACUCCACAUACUCACGCCAGCCUCCUUGUUUCUCUUGGCGCCUUACACUGAGUCUCUAUUCUCUCUGCUUAACUUGGCUGGCAUGCUCUGCUACGCAGAGUCUAGAGCGACCGCCAAUUCUUCUCCUGUCAGCGUCCAGGAGGUUGUUUACAAGCUCAGCUCAGGUCUGUUUUUCGCUGUGGCGACUACCAUACGAAGUAAUGGCUUGCUGAGUGGCUUGGUCCUUCUGUAUGACGUUGUGCGAUACCUGCCCCAACUGCUCUCGAUGCGGUCGAGUGUACAUGACCUUUGCAGAGUCUUUGUCACUUGUGUAUCAGGCACUUUGAUAGCCAUUGGAUUCGUUGGGCCGCAAUAUCUGGCUUACCUGGAAUUUUGCAGUACCAGCGACUCCACGAUCAGGCCCUGGUGCGAGAACAGCAUCCCAAGCAUCUACUCGUGGGUGCAAAGUCAUUAUUGGAACGUCGGACUCUUCCGUUACUGGACUCUGUCCAACCUUCCGUUGUUCCUGCUUGCGAUUCCAAUGCUGUGGCUUUUGGUCUACUCGAGUGUCACCAUCCUGCACAUCGGCUAUACUCAGCCGUUGCAUGGGCGUCCUGUACCCCACACUAGUAACACCCUCCACUCCAAGCCUGCGCCUGAUGUAACGCACGACCUGCCAGAACUAGCAUUACCGCAGCUAAUACUGGCUUUUGCGGCAGCUACCAGUUUCCACGUUCAGAUUGUCAACCGAAUCGCCUCCGGAUAUCCCAUCUGGUAUCUGACAGUGGCUGCAUGGCUGCAGUCAGACCUUCAGAUUGGAAAAUGGGCGAUUCGCACGAUGGUUAUGUAUUCUAUGAUUCAGGGGAUUCUUUUUGCGAACUUCCUACCUCCCGCUUGA